UUAGUGCGGGCAAGACAGUUUCCCCUGUCAGAAGUUUUGUCCUCCGCCCAGCAGUAAACAACUUCCAACACAGGAGAAGUGCCAGGAAAGACGCUUGGCUCCCGGGGAGGCCGCCCGCGCUAGGUUUAUUUGCUCCUCCGCACAGUGAGUUCGGAAGACCUUGAUUACUUUGUAACAGAAGUGUGCCAGUUAUUUCUCCGCAUCAGACUCUGCCUCUGGGCUGUCUCUCCCGUUCCAGAGCCACGGAACGUGUUCGGGCCCGCGGCAGGGGGCGGGGUCGCGCCUCCGCCUCGGCUCUGGUUCCAGCCGAGCCUCACUGACGCCGAGAUGGAAAUCCCGAGGCUGCUCCCCGCUCGCGGGACACCACAGGGCGGCGGCGGCGGCUGCUGCCCCGCGGGUGGCGGCGGGGUCCACCGAGCCCCGGACUCUCUGGCUUGUCAGGCCCCCACGCGCCGCCUCCUACUGCUCCGGGGGGCCCAAGAUGGCGGGCCGGGGCCGCGGAGCGCAGAGGCCCAGAGGGCCUCACGGGGCCUGGGCCCGAGCCCCAGCACGAACCGGUUGGCGCCGAGGCCGGAUCACCCGAGCCGCGACGGCGGCGGCGGCGGCGGCGGUGGCGGCGGCGGCGGCGUCGGCGGCGGAGGAGGAGGAGGAGGAGAAGGAGGAGGCGGAGGCGGAGGCGGCGGCGGCGGCGGCGGCAGCGGCAGCGGCAGCGACGACUUCUUCCUGUUGCUGCUUGACCCGGUGGGUGGCGAUGUAGAAACAGUGGGCUCGGAGCAGGCCGGAGGGCCGGCGUGGAGGGAGGAGGCCGAGGCAGGCCCGGGGCCCGAGCGGCGGCGCGAGAGCGGCGCGAACCCCGCGGGGCGGUCCGAGCCGGGCCCCCGCUGCCUGCCGGCCGUCCCGGCUCCGUCCCCGCUCCCCGCGGCGGGCCCGGGCCCGGGCCCGGCGGCGGCCUUCGCGGGCACCAUCACUAUCCACAACCAGGACUUGCUGCUGCGCUUCGAGAACGGCGUCCUCACCCUGACCACGCCCCCGCUGCCGGCCUGGGAGCCGGGGGUCGCGCCUUUCCCGCAGCCGCAGCCGCCGCCGCCCGGGGGACUGAUCGCCCCGCAGGCCGGCUUUCCGCCCGCCGCCGCGGCGCAGCUGGGCGACUGCCCCGAGCUGCCACCGGACCUCCUGCUGGCGGAGCCGGCGGAACCGGCGCCCGCCCCGGCGCCUCCGGAGGAGGAGGCCGAGGCCCCGGCCGCCGCCCAGAGCCCCCGCGGGCCUCUGGUCCCGGGCCCGGGCGUGGUGCUGUACCUGUGCCCGGAGGCGCAGUGCGGACAGACCUUCGCCAAGAAGCACCAGCUGAAGGUGCACCUGCUGACACACAGCAGCAGCCAGGGCCAGCGGCCCUUCAAGUGCCCCCUGAGCGGCUGCGGCUGGACCUUCACCACGUCUUACAAGCUCAAGAGACACCUGCAGUCGCACGACAAGCUGCGGCCAUUUGGCUGCCCGGUGGAGGGCUGUGGCAAGAGCUUCACCACCGUGUACAACCUCAAAGCGCACAUGAAGGGGCACGAGCAGGAGAACUCCUUCAAAUGCGAGGUGUGCGAGGAGAGCUUCCCCACGCAGGCCAAGCUCAGCACCCACCAGCGCAGCCACUUCGAGCCCGAGAGGCCUUACCAGUGUGCGUUCUCUGGCUGCAAGAAGACGUUCAUUACUGUGAGUGCCCUCUUUUCUCAUAACCGCGCCCAUUUCAGGGAACAGGAACUCUUUGCCUGCUCCUUCCCUGGCUGCAGCAAGCAGUAUGACAAGGCUUGCAGGCUCAAGAUUCACCUGCGCAGCCACACGGGGGAGAGACCUUUCCUUUGUGACUUUGACGGCUGUGGCUGGAACUUCACCAGCAUGUCCAAGCUCUUAAGACACAAGAGGAAGCACGAGGACGACCGCAGGUUCACCUGUCCCGUGGAGGGCUGUGGCAAGUCCUUCACCAGGGCCGAACACCUGAAAGGCCACAGCAUCACCCACCUGGGCACGAAGCCUUUCGUGUGCCCCGUGGAAGGCUGCUGUGCCAGGUUCUCUGCCCGGAGCAGCCUCUACAUCCACUCCAAGAAGCACUUGCAGGACGUGGGCGCUUGGAAAAACCGUUGCCCGGUCUCCACCUGUAACAAGCUCUUCACGUCCAAGCACAGCAUGAAGACCCACAUGGCCAAGAGGCACAACCUCAGCCAGGACCUCCUGGCCCAGCUGGAAGCCGCCAACUCCCUGACACCCAGCAGCGAGCUCACCAGCCAGGGGCCGAACGAUCUCGGCGGUGCAGAGCUGGUGUCUCUCUUCUCCGACGUGCCUGGCCACGGUUCUGCUGCGGUGCUGGACACGGCCUUGGUCAAUUCUGGGAUCUUGACUAUUGACGUGGCCUCUGUGAACUCGACUCUCGCGGGAGGUCUCCCUGCCGAUAGUAAUAACCACUCCUUAGGGCAAGCGGUGGACCCCCGGGCCCUCAGGGCCCCCAGUGACCUUCCCCAGAGUCUGGAUACCUCUCUCUUCUUCAGAACCUCGGUGGCUGGUUAUCAGCAGAGCCCCUUAGACGUGGACGAUGUCUCCGGCGGAAACGUGGGGCUCUUUGGCUCCUUGGCUCUGAAAAACUCAAGCCUGGAGCCCCAGGUUUUGACGCCCAGCAAUAAGUUAACCGUGGACACGGAAGCUCUGACCCCCUCCAGCACCCUCUGUGAAAACAGUGUCUCGGAACUACUGACCCCUGCCAAAGCCGAUUGGAGCAUGCAUCCCGAGUCUGACUUCUUUGGGCACGAGGAAGAAACCCAGUUUGGAUUCUCCAAUCCCACAGGAAGCCAUGCCUCUCAGAAAGAAACAGAUCUGAUCACGGUGACUGGCGCCCCUUUUUUGAUAUGAACACACUCUGCCUGUGCCCUGCCGUGUGGCGGCUCACUUUUGUGACGCUCGAAUCUGACUGAGGAUGUUCGGGAUGGAGUGCUUACGUGCACUCGGUUCUUGCUGCCUCGCGAAGGAACGCAUCUGUGGACUUCAAAUUUAGAGAUUUUAAUUCUCAUCCCGAGUCUGGAACUGAUGAGUUCUGUGACCGUGAGCAAGUCUCUUAACCUAGCUGAGCCUUAAUUUUUUCUUUUUACUUAUAAACGAGGUGGUUUGGUUAGAUUUCUUCUCUCUUUUCAGCUCUUUAGGUUCUUGAUAUUAAGUGUUUUCUUCCUUGAAAUUUAUUGUGACACACCAACAAUGAUAUGCUCUUAUUUUGAAUAUAAAGUAACUUAAGUUAUGUGAUAAUGAAUAUAUACUUUGCACUUGACUUCAUCAAUUUUAAUUCCAUGAAUCAUCUUAUUUGUCGUUAUUCUCUUCCCUCUGUUAGUACUAUUUUUGAAGAAGCACCAGAUAUUAGUUAUUAAUGAAUAUUCAGGACAGAUCUUCAGAAUGCAUUGGUCUUUAGAAACAAAUUUAUUAUAAUAAUGUUUAUAUCUAUUAAAAUCCAUGUUUUCAACUUCA